CCGGGUCAGCCUCCCUCGGGAGACUCCAUUUGCUCUCCGUGAGAUCUGGCUGCCGUGCCUGCAGGCGGGGGGGCGAUGCCCGCGGCCGGAGGACGGGCGUCCCCUGCGCCAAGCGGCCGCUCGCUGGCGGGCUGGCGGCGGCGGUGACACCCCUGUCGCCGGCGUCCAGGCGGAACCCGGGCUCCCUCCGCGGAGGAAAGACGCCCCGCGCUCCGGAGCUCGCCCGGCGGGGACAGAGAGGCCCUCGCUAACUCGGCUCCUCUCUGACCUCUUAAUUUCAGGAGGUUUCAAAGGCUCGAGUCCCUACCCAGCCCCGCAGGAGCUACUUAUGUUGGCCCAUGGAGGAUCGGCUUUCACCAGGACUGUUGUAACGUCUUCACCGAGCCUUCCACCCCGUAGUCUCUACCUUGAGCCCUGAUUUCCACCAAUGAAAUGUUUUUGAUGCUUUCCUUAAUCAUGUGACCUCCCCUUGCCCCCCUCCCUUCUUCUUUCCAGUUGUCAAGUCCAUUAGUUGUAAGUUGUGUGGCGCUGAGAUACUAAGGGUUUUUUGCCUGUCCACUUUCACCUUGACUGCACCAGCUCGCCUUACCUUGCUUGAUGAUUUCCAUAAGCACCCAGGUGCUACCUAGAGCAGUCCUGGCCCAGGAGAGACGCGUCCGUACAGGCUACUGCCUGACAAUACAGUAUAGUCAGGCGAUAAGUUUUCUCACUCUACUUUCCCGUAUAUUAACUUUCAAGUCCUCUCAAGCUAUUUUCGUGCACUUUUCCCAAAAUACUCCCAACCUCAUUCUUAGUGGCUUUGGCAAAGAACCUUCCCUGCAGUGAUGACAAGAAUUAGGUACAGUAAGACUGUUUUAGAGACCUUGGCAGUACAGCAUAGGUUCAGCUUCUAGCUUUAAGUAAGAUUGCAGUUUAUGAAAAGAUCAUUUUUUAUGAAAAGAUCUUCAAGGAUGAACAAAGAUGGGAGAUAGUGCUAACUGGAGUUCUUUCUUGUCAUAAGAACUUCUUAAAAUGCAAAUGAAGAGACUUAUACAGACCUUGUUUGAAAGUUGGCCAGCACACUAUCCAUCCAGGUCCUAGGGGGAAAAGAAAAGAUCUGAAUUUUCCAUUUUCUAGUCAUUUUGUAUCCAAAUCUAAGUUGUUAAUUAUGCUGUUCUACUAAUCAUCUAAAAUAUUAGACACUUAAAAUGUUGGGGAAACGUAAGCGUGUGGUAUUGACAAUUAAGGACAAGCUUGACAUUAUUAAGAAACUUGAGGAAGGCAUCUCUUUCAAAAAGCUCUCUGUGGUGUAUGGAAUUGGUGAAUCCACAGUUCGUGAUAUUAAAAAGAACAAAGAAAGGAUUAUAAACUAUGCUAACAGUUCGGAUCCUAUAAGUGGGAUAUCCAAACGUAAAUCUAUGAAGUCAUCAACGUACGAGGAACUUGAUAGGGUUAUGAUCGAGUGGUUUAACCAGCAGAAAAUGGAUGGGAUUCCAGUGUCUGGAACUAUUUGUGCAAAACAAGCCAAGUUUUUUUUUGAUGCUCUGGGGAUGGAAGGUGAUUUUAAUGCAUCCUCAGGCUGGCUAACUCGAUUUAAGCAGCGCCAUGGAAUUCCCAAGGCUGCUGGUAAAGGAACAAAGUUAAAAGGGGAUGAAACUGCUGCUAGUGAAUUUUGUGGUAACUUUCAGGAAUUUGUUGAGAGAGAGAAUCUACUGCCAGAGCAAAUUUACGGUGCUGAUCAAACUGGAUUGUUCUGGAAAUGUCUGCCGUCAAGGACAUUAGCUUUUGACACUGAGCAAAGCACUUCUGAGUAUAGGUCAAGCAGAGAAAGAAUCAUUAUUAUGUGUUGUGCAAAUGCCACGGGUUUGCACAAACUUAAUCUUUGUGUUGUGGGAAAAGCAAAAAAGCCCCGUGCAUUCAAAGGCACUGACCUUGCAAACCUUCCUGUCACUUACUUCAGUCAAAAAGGUGCAUGGAUUGAACAGUCUGUUUUCAGACAGUGGUUUGAGAAAUGCUUUGUGCCACAGGUGCAGAAGCAUUUGAAAUCUAAAGGGCUUCUAGAAAAAGCAGUGCUUCUUUUAGAUUUUCCCCCAGCACAUCCAAAUGAAGAACUGUUGAGUUCGGAUGAUGGCAGAAUAAUUGUGAAAUACUUGCCACCAAAUGUCACAAGUCUAAUCCAGCCUAUGAGCCAGGGAGUUUUAGCCACAGUCAAAAGAUACUACCGAACAGGACUUCUCCAGAAAUACAUGGAAGAAGGAAUUGAUCCACAAAUGUUUUGGAAGAACUUGACAGUGUUGGAUGCAAUUUAUGAAGUGUCAAGAGCUUGGAAUAUGGUAAAAUCAGGUACCAUAAUUAAAGCAUGGAAAAAACUUUUCCCUGGCAAUGAAGAAAAUUCAGUAAUGAACAUUGAUGAAGGAGCCAUUUUAGCAGCUAACUUAGCAACAGUUUUACAGAACACAGAAGACUGUGAACAUGUUGACAUUGACAAUAUUGAUCAGUGGUUUGACGCUCAGAAUAAUGACUCAAACUGUCAGGUGCUAACUGACAGCAAAGGUGCUGAGGACCAGGCCAAGACUACUGAGCAAAAGCCUUCCAGUAAGAUGAGAAAAGCAGAACUGAAUCCAGAGAAGCUUAUUAGCCAUAAAGCUGCACUUGAAUGGACUGAAAAUUUGCUGGAUUAUCUAGAACAACAAGAUGACAUGCUACUGUCAGAUAAAUUGGUAUUACGCAGGCUUCGGACCAUAAUAAGAAGAAAACAGAAGAUCCAAAAUAAAAGUCAUUCAUAGUGCCCUUAAGUGUGGCAGUGUAUUUGCAUCUUUGUGACUGUUUAUCUGUAGUAGAACUGACCUUGUUUGGAUUCCAAGGCCAAUACAUUUUAGAAAUAAUUUUAGGAUUAGAUGGCAUUUUGGAUUACUUAAAUUACAGCUCUUUAACGUUGACUCUAGUAAUUGAGUGUUGACGUUGACGUGUAACUUGGCUGUCUCCUGUUUCUAAUCUGUAUUAUGUUAAUUAGAUUAUAAGGUACCUGAGGCCAGGGAUCUGUGUCUGUUUUGUGCCUGAAUUUCAAUGUGUCUAAUAACAGACAGUGCACACUAAUAGGCACUCAAUAAAUCUUACUUAAAUCAAAUUUUUAUGA